AUGGCGCCACCCAUUUGUAACGAUUCCACAAAGCAGUCACUCACUAUCAAGUCGUCGUAUUUUCCGCAACUUCCUGUACGCAAAUUUUUCUGCAGCAAUCAAGGAAAACCUGGUGGUAUGCUUUUAGUACUUUGCUCAAUUUGCUAUUAUGUUGGAAUUUGCUUCGUUGUUUGUUCUAACAUAUUCACACGUUCUUUAGGAAAAUCCGAAGAUGAAGUGGAAUUCGGUUCUUCCAAAUAUUUCGCUUUGUGUGGUUUAGGUGGGAUUAUCUCAUGUGGUACUACACAUACAGCUAUAGUCCCGCUUGAUCUUGUCAAAUGUCGAAUCCAGGUAAACCCAGAAAAAUAUAAGGGAAUCAUACAUGGUUUUCGCACUACGGUGAAAGAAGAAGGGUUUCGGGCUCUUGCUAAAGGAUGGGCACCGACAUUUGUUGGUUAUUCGCUUCAGGGACUCGGAAAAUUUGGCUUUUAUGAGCUGUUUAAGAUUCUCUAUAGCGAUAUGUUGGGUGAGGAGCUCUCUUAUCAGUGGCGUACAAGUCUGUAUUUAGCUGCCUCUGCUUCUGCAGAAUUUUUUGCUGACAUAUUAUUGGCACCUAUGGAAGCUACAAAAGUGCGAGUGCAGACAUCUCCAGGUGCUCCACCAACGCUUCGUGGAUGUGCGCCAAUGAUAUACAGAACUGAGGGGAUGCUAGGUUUUUACAAAGGUCUUCCACCAUUAUGGAUGCGGCAGAUUCCGUAUACCAUGAUGAAAUUUGCUUGUUUUGAACGUACACUAGAAGCCUUAUAUAAAUAUGUUGUACCAAAACCACGUUCUGAGUGCACAAAACAAGAACAGUUAGUGGUUACAUUCGUAGCUGGAUAUAUUGCUGGCGUAUUUUGUGCUAUUGUCUCACAUCCAGCGGAUACCAUUGUUAGCAAACUUAAUCAAGACUCUGGUUCUUCAGCCACCGCAGUCGCAAAAAAAUUGGGAUUCGUAGGGCUUUGGAAAGGUCUGGUUCCUCGUAUUAUCAUGAUUGGAACGCUUACGGCAUUACAGUGGUUCAUCUAUGAUUCAGUAAAAGUUUAUUUCAAAUUGCCACGUCCUCCUCCACCUGAAAUGCCUUUAUCUCUGCGCAAAAAGUUAGAAGCAGCCGGGAAGAUCCGAGAAAGAAUGGGUAUUCUCGAUCAAUUCUCGGACAUUGCUAGAAACAAACCAUUCCACGUACCUUUGGUAAGGAAAGGAACAUGUGCGCGUUAUCAGUGUAGGUUUUUCACAGCACCUGGUGAAGUUCCAUAUGGUUCUCUACAAUUUUUCGCACUCUGUGGAAUUGGUGGUGUUAUCUCUUGUGGUACUACACAUACGGCUAUUGUCCCAUUAGAUUUGGUUAAAUGCAGAAUUCAGGUUAAUCCCACCAAGUAUCGCGGUAUCGUGAGCAGUUUUGGAGUCACACUUAGAGAAGAAGGUUUUCGCGCUUUGGGAAAAGGAUGGGCUCCCACUUUUGUUGGUUACUCAUUGCAAGGCCUAGGAAAAUUUGGAUUUUAUGAAGUGUUCAAGCUCUACUACUCGGAAUUACUUGGCGAAGAAAGAGCAUACAAAUGGAGAACAUCUCUUUACUUAGCUGCAUCAGCUUCUGCGGAAUUUUUUGCUGAUGUUAUGCUGGCGCCAAUGGAGGCAACGAAGGUCAGAAUACAAACAGCACCAGGUGCUCCACCAACUUUGCGGAGAUGUGCACCGAUGAUUUGGCGGCAAGAGGGGAUCAGUGGUUUCUACAAAGGUUUGCCUCCACUCUGGAUGCGGCAGAUACCUUACACAAUGAUGAAAUUCGCUUGUUUCGAACGUACUGUUGAGAUGUUGUAUAAGUACGUUGUGCCAAAACCAAGGUCACAGUGUUCAAAAUCUGAGCAGUUAGCUGUCACUUUUUGUGCUGGUUAUAUUGCUGGUAUUUUCUGUGCUAUUGUGUCACACCCAGCUGACACUGUUGUAUCAAAAUUAAAUCAAGACGCUAGUUCGGGAGCGUGGAAUGUAGCCAAGAAAUUAGGUUUUGUUGAUUCUCACUUUCAUAGUCAGACUAUUUUUCUUUAUCGACGUGAGAACUUGACAUUGCUUUUUGUAGGUCUGUGGAAAGGUUUACUGCCUCGAAUCAUCAUGAUCGGUACGCUAACGGCUGCGCAAUGGUUUAUCUAUGAUAGUGUCAAAGUUGUAUUCAAACUUCCUCGUCCACCGCCACCUGAAAUGCCAGAUUCGCUGAAAGCGAAACUGAAGAUAAUGGAGAAAGUAUAG